AUGUUCAAAAAAAAAAUUAAACUUAGUGACCAGCAUGCACCAAACUGUGAUGAUUCUUCUUGCAGAGGUUGUGAUAUAGGCGAAAUAGAGGUUAAUUUUACUUCAGAAGACGGUAAAGAAAAAAUUAAGCCUACACCUGUAGAGUUAUUUCAAAUAGCACUCGAAGAAUCUUCAAAAGUAGUGGAACAUGAUAUUGGGAUCGUUAAACGGCUUUUUGACCUGGCACUUGAAGUUAACAUAACCUCUAAUAAGCAGACUCGACAUCAAUACGCGUUAUGUUGCAUUGCUUUUGGUAUUUAUCUACCUCUGGUUGACCAAAUUAAAAAAGGGGUCGAUAUAUUAAAAGAAAUUGUUGCGGAAGAUGCUGAUUUUUAUGAAGGUUGGAUGGAACUUGGAAGAGGAAUGUUUGCUUUGAUGUGUAUGGAAAGAAAACUUAAAUCUAGAGAAGAGGAGGAAGAACAACACGAAACGGACACGGAUGAUGAUUCGGAGAAAGAAUAUAAUUCAAUUUCUAAAAAUGAAUUUAAUAAUUAUACUUUUGGAUUGAAUGCAUUUUCUAAGGGUCUUUCAAUCCUUAAAUUAAGGGAUAAAACAAAUUAUGUAAAAGAAACGAUACGCGCUGUUAAAGAUUUGCAAGAUUAUGGAAUAUUGAUUAAUAAUAUAAAACCUUUUGACCAUGCGAAAACUAUUUUUACAAAAGCCAUAACUUAUUUGGAGGAUGCGUAUAAUAGUUUAGAACCCGAAAUAAUAAAUGAAAAUACAUUAUCUCAAGGGAUGUGGGGAAGUUGUUUAUAUUAUCUUUCAAAAUUAAAAUCUAGAGAGACACAAGAGACAAAGGAGGUUUUGGAAAUUUUAGAUUUGGCCAUCGAGAAAUUAUUGUUUACAAAUGAUACCGAAUCUUUAGGAAAGAAUUUGUUUAAAGAAAUACUGGGACAAGCUUAUUUAUUCAAGUCUACCAUAGAAAAUGAUGAUGAUCAAGCCAUUAAAGCAUUUGAUAAGGGAGUUGAAUAUUUAUUAGAAACUUAUAACGAAGUUUAUAUAAAUCAAAGUGUCGAAUAA